AUCAAGGGUCUUUGGUACCUAAGGUAAUAGGCAGUCGCGGGUGAGAAAAGUUACGCAAAUAUUAGAUGGCGCUAUUCCACUUCUGGACAUUUUCUCCCCUCGUACCUGGCAGGGAUUGUUGUUCCUCUCCCCCACUACCAUCGCCCGUCUUGCCGUCCCAGCAUCAUCUUCAAACUUUGGGCCUUCUACUUACUCUUUAACUGCUAGGCUAAGAGAUAUUUAAUAACUUCUACAUAAUCUUCGCCUGGCAGCCAAAAUGGCCAAGCCUAUAGAAAUCACGUCGGUUGAGCAGUUCAACGGGCUCCUAAAAAGCUCGCGUAUUGUGGUGGCAGACUUUUACGCGACCUGGUGCGGGCCGUGUAAGCAAAUUGCACCCUUCUACGACCAGUUAUCGAAAUCUCUUUCACGCCCAAAAGUUGCGACGUUCGUCAAGAUCAACACGGAAGCCGAGGGAGCCAAGGCAGUCGCAGCCGAAUACCGCGUCACGCAUCUGCCUACCUUCAUAGUGUUCCGCGAUGGGUCCGUUGCUGAGAGGGUCAAAGGCGCCAAUCCGAAGGAGCUCCAGACCAUCGUUGAGAAUUUAAGUCACAACAUCGAGCAUGCUACCCAGGGUGAGGGUAGCGGUAGUGGUGGCUCGGGAGGUAUCGCUUGGAGGGGGGCUGACCUGCCCCGAGGUUACACGGACAUUUCAGACACCAUUGACGUACGAGGACUAGAACUGCUGAACGCCGAUGAAAGCCACUUCUCUGUUCGAACCCUCUUCAAUAAAAACAAACCUUCAGCGUUAUCCAAGGACAAGGCCGCGGACAGUGAAAAGGACUGGGUAGAAAGCGACACGGAUGAGCAGCUGCUUCUCUACACGCCAUUCAACUCUGCUGUCAAGCUCCACACAAUACAGAUCACUUCUCUACCGCCCACCGAUGAUGAGGAUGACGACGACGUACCGAUGAGGCCCAAGACUCUUAAGCUAUUCACGAAUCGACCACACAAUCUAGGUUUUGACGAAGCUGACGAUAUCGACCCGACUCAGACUAUUGAGAUUGGCGAGAGCGACUGGAACUCUAACGGUACCGCGAAUUUGGGACUACGGUUUGUCCGGUUCCAAAACAUCACUAGCCUCGUUAUCUUUGUUGUGGACGGCGACGGCGAUAGCGAAAAGGUCCGAUUGGACCGAAUAAGAUUUAUUGGCGAGUCUGGCGAGAAAAGGGAAAUGGGGAAACUUGAGAAGAUCGGCGACGAGCAAGGUGAAUAAAGUGCGACAAAAAAAGAAAGGGUGGGUAGGCAAGCACCAAUCGCGGCUACGAUUACUUAUGGCGAAUGUGGGCAGCGAAUGGAAGGCGAUGAAUAGAGUCGGAAUGCUUUUGAGA